UUUAAGCAAAAACUAAUGGAGUAUGAAGAUCAAGAAGAGGAGCAAGAGUUAGGAUACAACACUGAAUUAUCAGUCCUCCCGAGCCCGGUCCGCUACAAGGAGUGCCUGAAGAACCAAGCCGUGGGCAUCGGCGCCCACGCCAUCGACGGCUGCGGAGAAUUCCUCCCCGCAGCCGCCGACGACGACUCCCUCAAGUGCGCCGCCUGCGGCUGCCACCGCAACUUCCACCGCCGCGUGGGGUUCGGGAGCCCGCAGCAGCCGCUACUUCUGGCCCACCCGAUGGGCUACAGAAGUAGCGGCUACUUGCAAAUGCGGCCGCCCCCCAAGAGGGCAGCCCUGGCGCUGCCCUCGACCUCAGGGGGCGGCCACGGGGACGAGAUGUUGGAGGAUUACUACUCCGGGCCCGGGAGCAGCGGGGCGAAGAAGCGGUUCCGGACGAAAUUCACGGCGGAGCAGAAGGAGAGGAUGCUGAGCUUGGCGGAGCGGCUGGACUGGAAAAUCCAGAAGCAGGAUGAGGAAAUAGUGCAACAAUUCUGCGGCGAGGAGGGCAUCAAGAGGCACGUGCUUAAGGUGUGGAUGCACAACAACAAGCACACUCUUGGUAAGAAAACCUAGUAUAGCUUGCCCCGGAUUCCUCGUGUCGGCCUUUUUCAUUAGUUCUGUGAAUUAAUUCUUGCUAUUUUAUGUAUCUUUUGCUAUUUAUGGCAUGAUUUUGUAACUUAAUUUUAGGGUGCAUGCUUGCUCUAGUGCAAAACCAUUAAUUAGCUGUUUCACUACUAAUCUAAACUUCAAUUAGGGUUUUCUAUUGUACUAUUUCUCAAUUUCCUUUAAUUUCUUGUACAUUUUGGA